CACUCUUCAUUGAGACCUCCGUUUGUUAACCUUUGCCGCCUGGGCUGUAUUCUGCAUUAUACGGAUAAGAUCCACCGUUGAUUGGCCGCUGAUUGUUUUUAAUUAUUUUCUCAUUCCGUUUUCUGCUCCUCUGUCUUUGCGCAUCGGGUCCGACGCCAAUUUUCGAUUCGAUCCGCCUCAGCCUCGACCACGACCCGCGCAAUCCUCAAGUUCUUCGGCGAAGAAAGCCGCCUUCGAUUUUCACUCCGCGCAAAUGUCUCCCGAUAGUGCACGCAAAGUUAUUCCCGGUGCUCCCAACUGUGAUUCGGAAAAAUUAAAAGGUGGUGUUUUUUAGGAUCGUUCCAUCCGCCGACGCGGCAAAACCCCUCGCUUCCGAUUUUUUUUGCGGAUCAGUGUCAAGAUGGAUUUUGCGACAGGAAAUGUAUCAUCUGCGCUAGCAGUCUUCUUAGCAUUGACUAUAUUGAUUCAUACGAUCAUUCACCGAUGGAGGAACAGGAGACUUAUCAAAUUCAUGGCUCAAUUCCCAGGCCCUAUUCCUCUUCCAUUUGUCGGAUCAGCGUACAUAUAUCUCAAGCAAUUCAAUACAACAAGUGUGGUCCGAUUCCUCCUACAGUUACUGGCAAAUGCGGAAGAAACUGAGUCUCACUGGCUUGGCGGCUCCCCAUACAUAAUGACGACGAAUCGUGAAAUUAUUAACGCAAUCGUCACUAAUCUGAAGAAUAUUGAUAAGACCAAGGAUUAUGACAGUCUUAAAGUUAUUAGUGCUGGAAUAUUUACAGCAACAGGCAACCAAUGGCGCAAAACAAGGAAAAUCGUCAAUCCUGGCUUUAGGACAAACGUUCUGGACAGUUUUGAUGACAAUUUUAGUUACCAUAUUAAAAUUUUCCUCGAAAGCAUUUCCCGCCUUGCUGAUACAGGAGAGGAGCACGAUGUUUUCCGAGCCUGUCACGCUUUUACUCUCGAUUCAUUUUGUGAUAAUAUGCUGGGCGUUCGGAUAGACAUUCAAAAGAGGAGGCUGUUUAACUUUUCUAUAAGUGUCGAGGAAUCAAUGAAUAUGUUCUUUACGAGAGCAUUCAAUCCUCUUUUGUGGUCCGAUUUCGUCUAUUCUCUGCUUGGAAAGACAAAGAAGCUAGCUGAUGUAUCGCGCGAUAUGCGUCUACUCGCAGAAGAUGUACUGAAUAAAAGACUUGCAAUGGAAGAUCUGCAGAGGAAAGAAGAUAUAAAGGCAGGGCAGCCAAAGUAUUUUCUCGAGCUAUUAAUCGAUGCCAUUGAAUCGAAGGAGAUCUCAAGAGAGCAGUGCAUUGAAGAAAUCAUCGAAUUGUUCGUAGCUGGAUCCUUGACCUCUGCUAUAUCUAUUGCGUGGCUUAUUAAGGGCGCAGCUAUGUAUCCAAACAUGGCGGAUAAAAUGUAUCGAGAACUUAUCGAGGUUUGUGGCGUGAGAGAAAUUACGCAGGAGGAUUUGUCGAAGCUACCGUACCUGGACAUGAUCGUCAAAGAAUUAUUGAGACAUAUCACACUGCCCAUCAUUGCUAGACACAUUACGAGUGACAUCAGGGUCAAUGAUAAUAUGGUAAUUCCAGCCGGAAUGAACGUCAUGAUGCCAAUUUUUGGACUGCACCAUGAUCCAAGAUUCUGGGAGAGACCCAAUGAGUUUUACCCAGAACAUUUCUCUCCUGAAAACGAAGCCAAAAGACCGAAAGGCGUCUACCUGCCCUUUUCUAGCGGACCGAGGAACUGUCCAGGUAACAAAUACGCCGUGCGAGUUGUGAAGAUUCUGGUGGCCAACAUGAUGCUCAAUUUCAAUUGCUCCUCCUCAGAACCUACGCCAACGGACAUCAUCAACGAUCUUGACUAUCGUAUCGCCCUUUUGGUCUGUCCGAUCAACGGAUGGCGAGUGCGCUUCCACCGAAGGCGCCAAGAGCCUGAAAAGACCCAGGUUCACGCCGCUGCCUGAUUUAACGAGAGGAUUCGAUCCUUUGUCUCUCUUUUCUUUCUGCUCAAGUAUCUAUCACCCUAAGUGGCAUUUUUCAAUAUGAAAAUCGCGAUUUGUUACGAUUUUGUCGGCGAUAAAAUCGCUAAGAUCAUCAACAUCCGAGCGAUUAUCCUCGAUCCUGUUGUAAUAAAAUCGCAAUUUUAUCG